AUGGCCACGCUUAUCCUGCUAAAUGGUUCAAAUUUGGUACAUCGUGGAGAUAACCUUGUCAGGCGGGGUCCCUAUCGAUUGCGAUCGUUGGAGUGGUUCACGGCUCUGUGGUACCUGGCGACUACCGAUGGCAACAUAGCCGCUGGUGUCCCUAAGAUCGAGGGAUGGCCUCGACGAGAGUCAGAACGAUUUUCCCACCAACGUCGCAUCCGCCUCUUCCUCUAUGCGACUCAUGACAGUCAUGACUAUCAUGACUACCACGACUACCGCGACUACCACGACUGCCACUACGAACUCCUGACAUACGAGUCUAAACGAGGCCAAGGGAACAGAUCGCUCGGAAUGUCCGAGCACCUCCCUCUUGAGGACACGAUACGAGCACGCCACCACCCAUUUGACAUUCAAUAA